AUGGCUAUUACAUCUUGCACUGGGCGCUGCGCCAAGGACUGGGUCGGCUCAGGGAUUGAUUGGAACGUUCCAAUGGCUUCGUGGAAGUGGAAGGCCAUGCUCAGGGACCGAGCAAAGGAGGCCACCCAAAGACAGAGGCGAUGCAUUCAGAUUUCCUCCCAUCCCAACCGCACUGAUAUGCUACUUCGUAUAUUUACUCUGUCGGACACCGUUGGGACUAUCCUGAGCUUCUUUACCAGGCAGCAAAAAGAUACCCACAGACCAAGCAAAUUGUCUGCCUACCCCUUACUAACCAACAGCGACCUUCCUUUCAUAUUUGAUUUUGCUCAUCGCAUCUAUUCUUCCGACUUUCCAUCCGACUUUCCAUCCGACGUCCCAUCCGACUCCCCCUCAGAUUUCAGACAGUCCGGACAGAGGCCCCUCUCAUGCAUGCCAGCAUUCGUUGACUUGGUUCUUGCAUUGCUUCUUUCUAUCCCCGUCUUGCAUUGGCAUCUGGAGCCCGGCGUUGUUUGCUUUGUGCCUUGUGCUCGGCCAUCUUGUCCUGUACGACGCCAAGCUUUGCCAACUGACCCUGCUUCGUUCGACCUUUGGGGGGUUCCUCGGCCACCGCGCCUCCCCAUUGCUAUCCGCAACGACGGUGGAUCACCCGGAACGGCUUCUGCCGCCUGCCGACGCAUCGACAAGAACAAGCCCGUCAUGAACGAUCAACCACCGCCUCCCCCGCCGCACGGGGCGAACCCCAAAACCACCAGCGGCGGUCUGGGACCGGGCCACUACGACAUCUUCGUCAUCCCCCAGCGCGACAAAGGCGGUGGCUUCAUUUACCUCCCCGCCAUGACCGCCAACGGCCCUUCCUUCGCCGCCGGUUUCGCCUCCGCCCUGGCCCUCGUCGUCAUAUGCCAGAGCAUGGCGCCGGCCUUCCAAGUCUGGUGGCAGAACUUCCAGGGCAUGGGGAACAUGGGCAUGGGUCUCCUCGUGCUUGCCGUCGGCGUCGGAGCUUGGGCCUGGGGGAAGUCCCAAAGCCAGGGCGCCGCCGCUUCGUCUUCGUCCUCGUCCUCGUCUUCAUCGCAUCAUCAUUCUUCUUCCGCAGGCGGCGGUCCUGCCGCCGGAGGAGGUGGUGGUGGUCCUCCCCCGCAUUUCCAUGCCGGCGCUGCCCCGAACGCUGGCGGCGGCCCUCCUCCCCCCCAACCGCCGCCGCCGCCGCCGCCGCACAACGACCCUCCUCCGUACAACUCGCACGCGGGCCACGAGCAACCAAAGUCCUCCUGGCAAGCUCCGCCCCCUCAACCGGGCACGUCCCGACCCGCCGACCCGCCACCACCUGCUGACCCUCCGCCGACUCCAGACCCUCCUCCGACUCCUGAUCCUCCACCGGCCCCUGGCCCCCCACCGAAAAGGGCGGCCACGCCACCACCACCGCCACCACCACCGAAACCGGCCACCCCGCCGCCGCCUAAGAAUUCGUGGGAAAAGGCCCGCGAGGAAACAAGGAGGAAGGAAGAGGAGCGCAGGAAGAGGGAGGAGGAGCGGAAGAAGAAGGAGGAAGAAGAAAGGCGCAGGGCAGAGACGGCGCGGCGGGUACGAGAGUUCCGUGAAAGAGAGGCCCGUGAACGCGAAAGGCGAGAGCGGGAAGCGCGCGAGAAGGAGGAGCUCAAGCAGAAACUCGAGCACGAGAGGGCCGAGCGGGAGCGGCUGGAGAGGGAAAAGGCCGAGAGGGAGGCCAGGGAACGGGAGGAGCAGCGGAGGAGAGAGUUGGAAGAAGUACGAAGGAAGGAGGCCGAGGAGAGGCAGAGGAGAGACGAGGAGAGACGAAGGAAACUGGAGGAGGAGGAGACGCGUCGAAAAGAGGAGGAAGAGAAGGAGAAAAGGGAAGAAGAGGAGAGGAAACGAAAAGAGGCAGAAGAAGGCGAGAGAAAGAAGAAGGAAGCGGAAGAGGCGGCGCGAACAACCCGUCAGUCAAGCACGUAUGCUUACUCGAGGGUUGGCGAGAGGACCAAUCCGUGGCCGAACGGCAAGCCCAAACCCAGACCGAACCCAGCACCACCACCGAGCGAGUCGCCUUCUUCAACCCCGCGACCUGCACCUUCGACAACAUCCACGUCCCGGCCUCCGCCUUCGACAACGUCCACUUCCCGGCCCCCGCCUUCGACAACAUCCAGUCGUGCCAGGCAGCCGCCAGCCGCGUCGGCGUCGGCGUCGGCGUCAGGCAAAACGCAUCUCGACCCGGAAGACGAAAGCUAUUCGUACCGGCCGUACGACAAACCGCGGUCGCACACUCACAGGAGAGCCCCCUCCUCGGUCGGAUCCGAGUCGUCCUGGGCGCCGUCGGCCACGACAACGCACACGUCGCCGCCGCCUAGCAUGCGCGGACCGUACACGACCAAGGACCCCGACAAGAUCGUCAUUAAGGGGGUCUACCUCUUCAUGAACCAGUUCGCCAAGACGCCAGCCAGCAACCUGCUCGCGGGGAUCGGUACGGUAACGGACGGGCUGAUCCUGCGCAUCACGACCGAAGGGCUCUUCAUCGACGACGACGUCCGCGGCGUCCCGCAGCGCGAAUGGGACGUCAAGGCCUGGACCCUCAAGCUGGUCGAGGUAUGGUGCCCGCUCCACUGCAUCACCGCCGCCUCGGCCGCCUCGUCCCCGGCCGCCGCCGCCGCCGCCGCCGCGGCGAACCACCCCAGCUUUUUGUUCCGCAUGGCGGCCUCCCAGCGGUUCCGCGCCGCGGACAGGGGCGUCGUCAAGCCGCUCACGGGCGACGACGCGGACGCGUACCUGGCCGAGGUGCUGCAGCACUGCCGCGAGACGUGCCGCUUGGGGCUCUGCGACGGCAAGUUGCGGAGCGCGAACGUGCCGUCGUCGGCUGGACACACGGGGGAGUGGAGGGCGCGCGGGCUCCACGUGCUCCGCGCCACGGUGCGCGACCAGGAGGGGAAGCGGUACCUCUUCGUCGUGGAUGAGGAGGAGGCGUGGAAGAUGGCGGUGGGGUUGCAGAGGUUGCGGCGGGGCACGCAGGUCCGGGCGCUGGGCGUCAGCGGGAUGCCUGCUUCGGAGGCGCGCAAUUCUCUCGAGACGCUGGGGUGGACGGCUUGA